AUGCUUCACGCAACCAAGAGUGUACCACGCGCAGCGCUGCUGUGUCUCGUCAUUUCCAUCGUGCUCUCCGCGCCGUGCGCCGUGCGCGGCGCGCCGCAGGGUCCGGCCGCGACGUCGAUAGCGACGGCGCUGUCGAGCGCGGAAUCGCCGUCGCAGUCGUUCAACGUAUCGCUGCUCGUCCUCAACGCCACCGGGCUGCUCGCCAAGCUGCCCUCGCUCGCGCCGCUCACUCUCUUUGCGCCCACCGACGCCGCGUGGCGCGCCGCAUUCCACGCGCUCGCCCUGCCGUAUCUCAGCGGCUACAUUCCCUUCCCCGGCGCCGCCGUCGGCGGCGAGACCCCUGGAAGCCCGGGCAGUCCGGAGAACAGCUCGGGCAGCGCGGGCAGUUCGGACGCCGCCAAUCCCGGUGGCAUCGCACAGCCGGCCCCAGCGCCCGGUGUUGCCCCCGCUGCGGGAGGCGCUAGCGGCGGGGCGAGCGCGGCGAUGAUUCCCGGCCUUCCGCAAGUUGACUUGCCGCUGCCCGGCGUUCCCAGCGUGGCGAUUCCCGGGAUUCCCGGCGGGUCAGACAGAUUAAAUUCGACAAUACCUGUGGAUAACAUGACGAUUCCCAUGCCCGAUCUCAAUAUGACCAUGCCCGAUCUCAAUAUGACCAUGCCCGAUUUCAACUCGACCUUUCCCAAUAUAAACAUGUCCAUGAACAACCCGUUGACUUUCGACCCGCUUCUCGCCGCAUUAAGCGCCGUGUUUUCCGGCGACGGGACGCCCGCGUCGCUGGCGGCGCUGGCGAAGGAGCGGCCCAAGGCGCUGAAGGCUCUGUCGGAGCUGCUCGCGUACCACGUGGCGACGACGGCGCUGAACGCGGCGGCCAUCGCGGCGCUGAACGCGGCGGCCAUCGCGGCGCAGUUCACGGUGGAUGCGGGCAACCUGACGACGGUGAACGGACAGGGGCUGUGGAUCAACUUCAAUAAGAGCGAGUCGGCCGCGCUGCUCAACGCGUACUCGCCGGCGCAGCGCGCGCUUAUCAGCCAGGGGAUCAGCGUGGGGUAUGACGGGACCGUCUACUACCCAAACGGCACCACCGUCGCCGCCAACGGCACCGUCAUCUUUGACCCCGCGACGAGCCCCAUAGCCGUGGACUCGGAGGGUAACACGUUCUUCGCAAACGGUACCGUCGUCGGCGCCAAUGGCACCGUCGUGAGCACCAACGGCACCCUUGCAACCAACGGCACUGCCAUCGCCAUCGACGGGCCGGGCCUCCCCCUGCCCCCCACCGUCUCGUCGCCCCCCUCCAACGGCGACGGCUCCGUAGCACCGCGCGGCGUGGCUGGCGCGCAGAUGAUGAUGGAACCCGCCCCCUUGAUGGGCGGCGGCCCCGCCGAUAUGCCCCCCGCCACCAACAUGCCCGCCCCCGCUGAUGUGCCCCCCGUCACCGCCACGCCCGCCCCCGCCGACAUGCCCCCCAACAUCCUGGUGGACCCGAUUCCGGGGGUCAUGGGCGGGUGGGGCAUGGGGGGCGACUGGGGCAACUGGAGCACGGAAGUGCAGCAGCAGUGGUGGAGGAAUGCGACUGAGUGGAUGAAUAAGGUCGUGCCGUGGUUCAACGUGACUGCCAGCGAGUACCUCGCGUGGCUCAACUCAUCUUUCUACGCCUGGGCGGCAGGCUCUGAUGCCAUGUGGGAGCAGGCUGGCAGCGACAUGAAGGUGGCUCGGGUGGUGCGGGCUGAUCUGAUGGACAGCGCUGGCAUGGUGGUGCAUGGCGUCGAUGGCGUGCUCUUCCCCCACUACAGGGAUAUGCCUGUGUUUGACAAGGGCGGCGGGGGCGGGGGAGAGGGUGACGUGCCUAUGCCCAUCGCCAUGCCUGUGGUGGCGCCUGGUGGCGUUGCUAACGGCAGCACGAACGGCGCGGGUACGAAUGGCACUGCGACUGGCGGGCAGUCCGACGACAGUGCUGCGGGGGGUGCUGGUGCUCCUGCUGCAGCUGGGUCUAGCAGCAGCAGCAACAGCAGCAGUGGUGGGCAGGAUGCAUCUAAGAGUGCGGCGAGUGGCACGCCAGCACCACCUACUGGGUCACCCGCUGCGGGUAAAUCACAGAGCAAGGCUGCUGCAGGUGAGCGCUGCCUCCUCCACUGUCGUCUCCCUUUCCCCCCCCCUCAUUUCUUGCCGCUGACUCUCCCUUUUCCUCUCUACGUGUUCCCCCUCCUCUUGACUGCUGCGCUCUCCCUCGUGGCUCUGCUAUAG